AUGUCAAUGAUUAGAAGCUCAAAUAUAAACAAGGAUGAUCAUCAGAGAUCAUUUACACCAUUCCAAAUAGAGUUCUUGGCAGAGGAUGAACCAAUAACAAUCAUUCCCAACUUUAAGAAUGAGGAACUACACUUUAUGUCUGGUACCUACGGACCCUUUGUACCCAGCAUCCAACUCAAAGUGCCCCUCUGGCUAGCCAUCACUCUAAAGAAGAAGAAGAAGUGCAGGAUAAUCUAUCCAACAUGGUUGAACAAGGAUUACCUUGACAAUGUAUUCAAAGAGGAGAAUGAGAAUGCAAUGAGGUUUGAACAUCUACCAAAGCAUUAUAUAGAGAUUGCUACGAUGUUGUUGGCAGUGGCACCGGACGAUGCUACAACACAUAAUGGUGGAGCCAAUGAGAUAAGAGGAAUAAUAGAGGAUUUAAUUAAUAGACGACAGAGUAAAUUGAGUGAAACCAUCAUCUCUGUACUGUCAGCCAGUGAUAACAUUGGACCUAUAUUGAUCAACAAUAUUACAAUGAUGGAGAUCAAUCGAAUUAGACCAUCAUUAUGUGCAGGACUAGAUCAUCUAGCGCAACUAUCGUCUGGCGCCGAGCAAGACCGUCAGCGCUGA